AUGUCGUUCAGCUGGUCUCGGAUGCUUCACCUCCUCCCCGCUCUGGCGAUUUCGGCUGCAGCACUGCCACAUGCCCCAGCCACCACUGAGCCGAUUGUUACUCCUGUCGAGUGCCCUCGCCAUAAUUCUCAAGUCCAAGACGGAACUCUCGUCGACCAGCUCUGGACACAGAACUGCGACCUCGUGACAAAGUUUCUCAACAAUGCAUUCACCGCUGCCCAAGCUGCACAAACCUCCCAGGGGACUCUAGAGUCCCUGCAAUACUAUUUCGUUCAAGAUUAUUACUAUCUCACCUUGACCGUCCCUCACAAGGCGUACCUUUUGAAAUCCUUGGAUCAAGACGAAUCCGCCGCUGAUCAAACAUCUGCCAUCAAUGAGACAGUUCUGGAUAUGACUGGAGACCUCGAAUACGCCAGCAGUUUUCGCGAGGACCUUACAAGUCCUGAUCAUCUCAACGUGAGCAGCAGCGUCGUCAAGAACGCGAAGCUCGAACCUGUCCUACGAGAAUAUGUCGAUUGGCUGGGAGACAAUACGAAUCUCGGCUGGUACCUCUGGAGCAUAUCAAGACUCCCCUGUAUCUAUGGAUGGGCUGAGAUUGCGUAUCAGCUGAAUCAGUCGUCUACCACAGUAAGAGACACAAAAUUCUACGACGAGUGGAUUUCUCCAAAUCUUGAAUGGAGAUAUGGAGCUAAGCUGUCUGUUGAGCUACAGGAAGUGUUAAUCGCCAACAACAACACUGCGACAUUUUCUAUUGCCAAUGGGCUCUUCCGCAAAGCCCUGGAAUACGAGACUGCCUUUUUUGAGAGUGCACUAGGAAAGGUUCUCAAAAAAUAA